ACCUGUUUGUUUACGGUUCAUUGCAGGACCUAGUUGCUUCUGGUAGCUCAUGUUAGUGGGGAAUGAUUAAUAAUGUCUCGUAAAAACACGCUUUGUCAGUUUUACAGUAAUACGCAACAGCCCUGCUAAGGUGACUUCUCUCAAGGCGGAAACAAAGCGGAAGGAGAAUCCCGAGAGUAUCGUGACCCAGCGUUGGAAAUAACAGACCAUGAGGUUUGUUUUCGAGUAUAAAACAAGUAGUCAGUCAGCUGGGUUUAUUUACUUCACGCCUUUACGGCCCCCAGACGUCUUCUUGGUUGCUGUUAUCGGGACGGAUUAAAACUGCGGACGUCGACGUGAGAACUAGAAGAGCUCGCGACCGUGAUUUGGGGGUACUACUACCAGUUGCCGUGGAAACUGCGCACCCAUUCUCUGCUUAUGGUUUCAAUGGACUGGGUCAUUGUUGUAGUUCUUGUUGUAGUUCUGCAAGUUUUCCUGCAGCCAUCUCUCGCAGACUUGUUUACAGUGAAGGUAGAGCGAACUACAUAUUCGUCGGAGUAUGGAGGAAAUGUUGUGAUGGGCUGCAAGUUUUCUUCCGAACCAGCAAAAACUCAUCGUGACCUGAAAGUUAUCUGGCACUUGAUGGUCACUAAUCAACAUCAGGAAGUGAUACGAAUAGAAAACAACUUGGAGGACAUUGCAUCUCCAAAGUACCAGGGUCGAGUGAAGCUUCUCACUGAUGAGCUGAAAAAUGGCUGGGCAAAGUUACAGAUAUCAGAUCUCAAGAUUAGUGACUCUGGGACAUAUCAAUGUUUGGUUCAAACAGCAGAAGGGAAUGAUUAUAAAACUAUAACUUUGUCAGUUCGAGCACCAUAUAACUCAGUCUCAAAAAAGAUUGAGAGGACAGCAGAGGGGGAUAAGGUGGUGUUAACCUGCAAGUCUGAGGGAUACCCUCAGUCUCCUGUUGUGUGGCACGAUGGGCACCUGCAGAGGCACAGUCCUAACACCACAGCUACAACAACGCCAGACAGUCUUUUUAGAGUCACCAGUCAGAUAGAAGUCAGCUCUUCAGAGAAAAACAACUACACAUGUAACUUUACAAAAGAUGGCUACUCUGCAACGUUUCACAUUCCAGAUGAUAUACGCCAUCCUCCUGGGAAAAACGAUGCCCUCAUUACUGUGUUGUGUUUAGGAUUAAUAUUGACUGCCAUUGGUCUUGGAGUGGUCACUUACAGACGUCGCAAAGGUCCCAGAGCUCCCAGAACCAGGAUUUGCCUGGUUGAUGAUGGGGAGAAGUCCAUGUCUGCAACUCCCUGUCUACACAGAGAUAAAGGAAGUGGUCUUGAAGACACAGUUAUUACUGAAGUGGAAAACCUGAGGUCGCAUCUGAAAGCCUAUUAUAACGAAUUCUCCCUCACUACAAAGACAAGACACCACUGUGAUAGUUUUGCUGCGGAGGAGCUGCCUCUCAGGCUGCAAAACAAUGAGGGCCUGCCUGUGAGACUCCAAGGUCUACUUCCGAACGCUGGUGAAAUUCUGUUACUUGAGGGACCCCCAAGAAGUGGGAAAACAACCGUAGCCAAUAUCCUGCUCUCAUCUUGGACCGAUGCUGCUUCGAAGUUCUUUGACGCCAGCAUUUUGGAUCUUUUCAUGUAUGUCAACUGCAGCACGGUGAAGGCUGACUUGUUCCAGGAUGCAACAUCUCAGCUCUCUCUCAGUGAAAAGAUAUCAGCAGAGGAGCUGAGGACUGUUCUGUCCCAGUCCAACAAGACUCUACUGCUAUUGGAUGGAUAUAAAGAAGGGAACCACUGUUUUGAUGAGACUUUGAGGAGGUUUCUAAGUGAAAGAGAAGCUUGUAGAAUUUUGGUCACAUCCUGUCUGGGUGAUUGUCCUGUGCUGAAGCAAACUCUGAAGACAGAAGGGACACUGAAGCUUCAAAUACAAUCUGCAAAGUACUGAGGACACAAUGGUGAUGAACAAUAAACACAUUAAGCCAGUGUCACUGUUUUUAAGCAGUACUGGUAUGUAUAGUAUUUUGAAAGCCUAAAUAGGCUGCAAAUAUAUAGCAAUAUAUAUAUAUAUAUAUAUAUAUAUAUAAUUGAUUUUGUAUUUUUAUCAUUUGUCCUUGGCUGUUUGAUUAAAUAACAUUAAAUUUCACAAAGCUGA